UUUAUUAUUCAGUUCCGAUUGGCUGCGUGGCGGCCAGUCAGCACCCGGGCCCGGGCGGGCAGCCACGCAUCGGCAGAGGCCCGCGGGCGGCCGCAGGCAGUGGAUAGGUCCUUUGCUCUGUGCGGGAGACUGAGGCGCGGCGGUGGCAAAGCCCAGCCUGGGGCCUGGUCGGGAAGGUUCCUGGGGCGAUCACAAAUCCCUGCUGGGUGUUUGUUUGUUUUUUCCUUUUCUUUCCUUGAGUCCCUCUGACCUAUAGCUGGGUCCACCUGGUGGCAGAUCCCCGUUGCCAUAUGAGGAGGAAACUAAGGCCGGGAGGGGAGGUCGAAUGUGAGCUUGGAAACUCCGGAGGUUAGAGCAAGCCUCGGAGCAGGUGCCGGUGCUGGGCAGGGGAGACUGAGGCGUAGGGGGAAGCAGAGAGCGGCCCAAGGUCACUCAGGUGGAGUCAGAGCUGCCCCCUGUGCUCCAUCCUUCCAGCUCGGGGCCUGUCCAAAGUCCCCUCCCCCUGUGUGGUGGCCCAGGGGCGCCUGCCCACCUGUCUUUAAGCAGGGCCGGAGGUUGGCAGUAGAGGCUCAACUGCGGGCACCUGCCUGCAAAUGGAGCGUCACCGAGGCUUAUUAAACCCUGUGUCCGAAGAUGACAUUGAGGCUCAGAGAGGGCCAGCAUGGCUCCCAAGGUCACACAGCACGAGCCACAGCCCUCUCGCCUCCCUGCCUCACCGGGCAGGCCCUUGCUGGUGCACGUGCAUACGAGGCCCCUCUCCAAUCCUGCCGAGCCACAAACUCAUCUCACCUUGGUCCUCAGAGGCAGGCAGGGCUCUGGGUUUUAUGACCAGAGGAGACCGAGGUCACCUCCCCAGAGCCAGCCCACUGCAGCCCAGAUGCUCCAAGGAGGGCUCCUCAAGGGUUGGAAUGCUGGCACGCUUGCUCUGCGACCUUGGACGAGCCCCGUGACCCCUGCAGCCGGGGCGCGCUGUGUGCCGGGGUCUGCAGAGGGUCCCCCAGCCGGUGCCUGCGAAGCCACCCGUGUUGUCUUUUCUUUUCUGCUCCGUGGCGGAAACUCCCAGGUCAGCUCAGGGCAUGGCAGAGACCUGAGUGUGGGACGUGGGUCAGAGCUGCGUGAGACACCUGCACCCCCACCUGUCACCUGCCAGACCAUAAACCGCCCUGCAGUAGCCCUGGGCAACAAGGACAAGAGGAACGAGCUUGGGUGGGGGUGAGCAUGGUCCAAUCCUAGCCCAGCCCUUGGGUCCACCCCAGCAGUCACUCCCCCUCUGCCAGCCUCAGUCUUCCCAUCCAGACAGUGGGGAGAUGGUCAUCAGCCCUAGAGUGUUGUCUCGAGGGUCCGCUCAGUGGGUCCUUGGGAAUGUUUGUUGAGCGACUACUGUGCACUGUGUCAGGCCCUUGGGGAGCUGUCUUGAGGGCUGGAGGGGCAGAGGCGCCUCCCUGAGCUGCCUAUGUCAGCUGGACUCCAGCCCUGCCCCAGGCUCCUGUGCGAGAGCUCCCUUGCAAGGCAGCUCUGAGGGUAUGAGGAUAAGCUGUCCUUCCUCUCAGCCCCCAGGGUAGGGGGAUUUCAUCUCCUGCUGGUAUCCGGGGGCCAGGAAAGGGGGUGGAAGGAGCCGUGGGAGGACUAGUUAGGCAGGCCAGAGCCAGACGGACGGCCAGUGCUCAAAUUCCAGUUCUGCUGUGCGACCCUGGCCAAGCUGCUCCCCCUCUCUGAUCCCGUUCCCUGUUUGCAAAAUGGGGCACAGACACAGAUCCUGCCUUCCAGCGCUGUGGGUGCCGUCACGUACCGUGGGUCUCUGGGGCGAUUAUCAAGGCCCAGCCUCCCCUAGCUGCUCCGAGGAGCGGCUCUGGCCCUUGGGCCCCGAGCGCCGAGUCCAGAGCCCCAUAGCGCAGAAGGCACCCCUCAAGAGAAUCCGGCGCUCGGGAGAAGCAUGGCCAAAGGACCAGCCCCUCCAUCUGUCCCCCCAGCAGGCUGUGGACGGCCACUCGGUGGAAGUGUCGCCACCCACGCCUUUCUGGUUUGACUGGAAAACAAGGCCCAUCCCACCUAUCAGGAUGCCUGAGAGAAGGAUCUGGCCGGAUUCUGCAGGCUGCGGGGCUCCCAGGCUGAGCCUUCCACCUGCUCAGGCGAGGGUGGGGGUGGGGCAGGUAUCUCCAGGUGACAAGCAGGCCUCCCUCAGGGGAGGGAGAGAGAGGUCACCCCGGCCUCUCACAGGCAUCUCAGCUAAGCAGGUGCAGCCUGGGCUGAUGGCAGGGUAGACAAGGAUGGGCUUCCGAGAGUCUGGCCUUGCUUGCCCCCAGUGAUGGGAAGCUCAGCCCCUCCACUGUCGUCGUGAAGCUUCCUCUUGGAACCCGGGCUCAGGCUAUAGUCUGGGCUUCCUGGCCCAUGACACCUCAGAGUGUGGGAACAGGGUGGGCCUCAGUCCCACCCAUGAGUUGGGCGUCAGAUGGGAUCCCCCUGGCCUCCUCAUCGCUGCCCCCAUCCCCGCUGUCACACUUACCACUGGGCCCCCGCGGCCUUCCUGCCUCUGGCCCUUUAAGGCCCGGGCAGGAAGCCCCUCCCCAUUUAGGGCAAUAAAUGGACACGUAAAAUGGCCGAGGGCCUGUUUGCUCCAUGUCUGGCCCAGAGGGAGGCCUGCGGGCCAGGGCAGGCGGGCAGGGGGCGGGUUGGCAGCUGGCAGCCACCCCAGGCCGUUGGUGCCCCCCGAUCGGGACACUGCAUUCCUGUCCCAUUAAACCCAGGCCGAGGACUGGGCCAGGCGGGGCUUGGCACCAGGUCAGGGCGGGGUUACCCGUCGGGGCCAACCUUGCAACACAGGCCGCUGGGCGGGGAGGGGGCGGGGGCUGCCGGGUGCAGGCCUGGCAGCCGCACCUGCACACCAGGCUUACAGUGUGACCUUGGGCCGGCCGCCCACCCUCUCUGGGCCUGAUCUCCCCUUCCAGCUUCCUCCUCAGACCCCACUACUCACUCCCUUGGUAGGUGAGGAGGGGACUGAAUUCCCAGAAUGGCAUUCAGGAGCGAAGUUCCCAUCUGUGAGGGGUGGUGAACAGCCUGGCAAUGUGUUUUGGGGACUGGCUCUGGUGCACAUUACGUCCCUGGGCUAAGUUUGCUGAAUGGAUGUGAGCGGGACCCUGACCACAGUGGGGGGCCUCUUUCCACUGUCACGACCCCCAUCCCCCAGGAGACAGAGGCUCAGAGAGGUCUCGCAUCUUGCCCAAGGUCACACAGCUUGGAGGUGGGGGAGUCGAGGCUUGAACCCAAGCUGCUUUGCACAGCACAUAGGAGGGGUGAGAGGUCCCUUUGACCUCCUUCCCUGUUCUCCCUGGGCAGAGGGUUGGGUGGGGGCCCUGAUCCCCUCAUUAGACGGCCCCCGGCUCCAGGAAGUGGCCUUCGGGAAGGUGGCGGGUGGCAGUUACCUGCCCAGCCCUCACCUUGUCGUGUGACCUUGGGGAGGCCCCUGGCUACCACACCCUGCACUAGCGAUGCAGCCUCCUCUCUGCCGGUCCCCCUUGCCUGGUCGCCCACCUCCAGGCCUCAGUUCCUGAUGCUCCCCAUGCUGGGGCGCCCUUCUUGGGAUGCCGGGGUCCUUCCUGGGCGACAUCUGCUGCUCCCUGAGCCACGUCAGGGUGCUUCCGAGCUCACGGCACAUCCCCAGCAGCUGGGAAGUGGCAGCUGCCCAGGUCAGAGGGCUGCUGUGUGACCUCGACUGGGCCGCCUCACCUCUCUGAGCCUCUCAGGGACCUGGGGAAGAUGAAGUGAAGGUGCCCAGUUAGUUUGGGAGCACAGAGGAGGCCGAAAUGUGGCCUGGGUGCCGUGGCUCUCGAUAGACACUACAACAAGUGACCCUUAGGUUAGAUGGGAGGUGGGACCAGCAGGCUGCCCAGCCCCCUGCUUCUGGGUAUGCCUGGCAGCCAGCUGGGCGGGCCUGGGCGUGGGCUGUCUCUGGUUUAUCUGGCGGUUUGCUGCGCCCCUACUGUGCGCCGCCCUGGGAGGGUUGGGCUUAGGGGCCUGGGAGUGGCCCGGGGGGAGGAGGGCGCCCCACCUCCAGCCCAGGAGGGGCCUGCCAGGGCCUGCCCCUCAGCCGUCGAGUCAGCAUCGAGCAGCCCCGGAAAUCCCACGGAGGCCAGCGCGGGGGAGGAGCUGUGAUGAAAGAUGGGGCCCCGGGUGGGUGUGGGCCGAGCCCAGGGGACCCUGGCUGGCGUGGGGCCGGGGCUUCCCGGAGGAGGGGAACGAAACCGCCACCUCCGGAGGCGUGUACCAUGUGUCGGGCGCACAGUGGGGCUUCAGCACUCGGGGACUUUUUAUUUCCAAGACUUUGUGGCCCCCCCCGGGGGUGCUCUGGCUGGGCCCAGCCUCCUCUCUCCCACCUCGGAGGCAGGGUCUUCGGCCCUUUCCUUAGGGGAGGCCUCCAGGAGGCCCAGGUGGGGGCAUUGGCGCAGGGCGUGGCCGGCAGGUGGCUUGUGUUCCUGGAGUGAGGGCGUGGGUCAGUUGUCUCAGAGCGAGUUUAGUUUCCAGGGCGAGGGCAGGGCCUUGCCCUGGGUGGGUGGGGGGACCGGCCCCUCCAUCAUUUCCUGGCCCCCAGCCCCUGGGAGUCAGCCCUGCCGGGCACCCUUAGGCCAGGACUGCAGCCCUCUCUGGGCCCCGGCGUUCUCAUCUGUAAAACGUGGCCACAGUCCUCUCACGGGGUCUUUCCUUGGCUGACAUCACCCCGGGCCUCGCUGCUUUGAGGGAGGGCCUCAGUGAUAUUUAGGGGGGAAUAGGGGCCCAAGAGAGGGUCCCAGGCUGGAGAGGGCAGAGACUGGGACCCCCGGACCCAACCUGGAGCUGGGAUCUUCACGCUGGCGGGGACCUGCAGGAGGUGGCUGAGCCACCUGGAUUAUUUUGGGUCCAUCCUCCAGGCCCCAGGAAAGACACCUCCCAGCCAGUCCAGAGCGGGGACCCUGGUCACCCGAGGGGAGGAGCGGCCCAGCAGGCCGGGGUGGCCAUCUUGGGGCGUUGGUGGCCUGGGUCAGAGGUCUCCCCCCAUGCUGGGGUGGGUAGGAGGGCCCGGGCCCGUCUGAUCCAGAGCUCCAUCUGCUCACACGCUCCCCGCGGCCCAGGGCCAGACGGCAGAUGGUGGCAGGGGGUGGACACCACCAAAGGGGGCUCCUCGGAGGCUUCCCAGGGCCGAGCCUUGGGUGGGGUCGCCCCCCUCCUACCCUCCCUGCUCCCAGCAGCCACAUCUGAGCCCACUGACCCACCACAGGCCUUAGAGUGGACGGGGGCGCUGAGCAGCUGGGCCCUGGGCCGAGGCUGGAAGGAGGGAAGGAAGGCGGGUGGAGGGGCCUGGGGAGCGUGGUGGCACUGAGCAAGCUCACAAAGGCCUCUGUGUCGCCCGGCAGCUCGGGCCCCGCGCUGAGGGCCCUGGGCUUUGGGUUCGGCUGGACCGACACCAUGCCUCCCUUGUGGGGCCUGGCUCAAGCCCAUCGGCGUCAGAGCCUGCCUGGGCUGCCACGCUCGGGGACAGGAGGGUCUGGUGGCCCGGAGGAGGCCAUGGAAGGUCCAGCUCAGGCCCUCUCCCCAGGGGCCUUGCCCAGGGGCUCUGGCCUGAGAGCCACCGGCCGGCCUGGAGGAAUGUGAGCUGUGCUGGGUGACUCUGGGCAGCUGGGGGCUCCCAGGAGAGGGCGGAGGGGUGGGGACAGGGGCCAGAGGGUUGCACAAGCUCCGAGUGGGUGGAUGAGUCACAGCCGAGGGGAAGGCGGAAAAAAGGGAGGGGGAGAAAGGGGUGGGACAGACACAGUCCCCCCAGGGCCUGGCGCUGCCCGAAACCUCUGCCCAUUUGACAGAUAGGGAGACCGAGGCCCAGAGAGGGCCAAGGUCUUGGCUGGGGCUGAACAGCUCAGCUGGGGUGGCUGAGAGUUGGGGAGGGGCUGCCAGGCGGGCCUGUGGGCAGGCAGGAGGUGGAUAGGGGUUGCCCCGGCUCCCUGCUCCUCCCGGGCUGUAGCCCGGUCUCUUUUACUCACAGCUAGGGCUGAGCCCUAUACUGGGGGCUCAGAGGGGCAGGAAGGGGUUUAGCCUGCGGAGUCACUGGCCCUGCCCGGACGGGGCACACCCACGGUGGCCUUGACCUCGGCUGGGUUUCGGCACUGGGUCCCCGUGCCUGGGCUGCCACACCCCUUCCUGCUGACUCAGAGCCCCCUGAAAAGAACCAGGCCUGACCAGGAGGCAGGAGUCAGGGCUGGGGAGGCCGAGGGGUCGGCUCUUAGGUCCACUCCCGGUUUGAGUUCGGACGCAACUGUGUCCUCAUGGUGGGGCCUCGGGCAAGUGGCCUCAGCUCACGACGGAGUGGGUGCUGCUCAUGGGGUUCGGGUGGAACUGGUGGGAAGUAGGUGUUAUGUGUUGUUGUUUUUUUUUUUUUGGAGACGAGUCUCGCUCUGUCACCAGACUGGAGUGCUGUGGCGUGAUCUAGGUGGCUCACUGCAGCCUCCACGUCCCGGUUCAAGUGAUUAUCCUGCCUCAGCCUCCCGAGUAGCUGGGACUAUAGGCCCGAGCCACCAGGCCCAGCUAAUUUUUUGUUAGAGAUGGGGUUACACCAUAUUGCCCAGGAUGGUCUCGAUCUCUUGACCUCGUGAUCCACCCGCUUUGGCCUCUCAAAGUGCUGGGAUUACAAGUGUGAGCCACGGCGCCUGGCCAAAGUAGGUGUUUUGUAAAGGUCACUGCGUGGCCUCCCCUCUAUAUCGGCCGAAGCCCGUGCUCAGACCAACAGGAAAAUGGCUCAGAUCAGGGCACUUCUCUCGAGCACCUACUGUGUGCUCCUAUAGCACCUCAAAGUGCCCUUUCCUUAUUUAUUUAUUUAUUUAUUUAUUUUUCCGAGACGGAGUUUCGCUCUUGUUGUCCAGGCUGGAGUACAAUGGCGCAAUCUCACCGCAACCUCCGCCUCCCGGGUUCAAGCGAUUCUCCUGCCUCAGCCUCCCGAGUAGCUGGAAUUACAGGUCUCGGCGCGGAAGAUGGCCGGCGGCGUGGACGGCCCCAUCGGGAUCCCGUUCCCCGACCACAGCAGCGACAUCCUGAGUGGGCUGAACGAGCAGCGGACGCAGGGCCUGCUGUGCGACGUGGUGAUCCUGGUGGAGGGCCGCGAGUUCCCCACGCACCGCUCGGUGCUGGCCGCCUGCAGCCAGUACUUCAAGAAGCUGUUCACGUCGGGCGCCGUGGUGGACCAGCAGAACGUGUACGAGAUCGACUUCGUCAGCGCCGAGGCGCUCACCGCGCUCAUGGACUUCGCCUACACGGCCACGCUCACCGUCAGCACAGCCAACGUGGGUGACAUCCUCAGCGCCGCCCGCCUGCUGGAGAUCCCCGCCGUGAGCCACGUGUGCGCCGACCUCCUGGACCGGCAGAUCCUGGCGGCCGACGCGGGCGCCGACGCCGGGCAGCUGGACCUUGUAGAUCAAAUUGAUCAGCGCAACCUCCUCCGCGCCAAGGAGUACCUCGAGUUCUUCCAGAGCAACCCCAUGAACAGCCUGCCCCCCGCGGCCGCCGCCGCCGCCGCCAGCUUCCCGUGGUCCGCCUUUGGGGCGUCCGAUGACGACCUGGAUGCCACCAAGGAGGCCGUGGCCGCCGCUGUGGCCGCCGUGGCCGCGGGCGACUGCAACGGCUUAGACUUCUAUGGGCCGGGCCCCCCGGCCGAGCGGCCCCCGACGGGGGACGGGGACGAGGGCGACAGCAACCCGGGUCUGUGGCCAGAGCGGGAUGAGGACGCCCCCACUGGGGGUCUCUUUCCGCCGCCGGUGGCCCCGCCGGCCGCCACGCAGAACGGCCACUACGGCCGGGGCGGAGAGGAGGAGGCCGCCUCGCUGUCGGAGGCGGCCCCCGAGCCGGGCGACUCUCCGGGCUUCCUGUCGGGAGCGGCCGAGGGCGAGGACGGGGACGGGCCCGACGUGGACGGGCUGGCGGCCAGCACGCUGCUGCAGCAGAUGAUGUCAUCGGUGGGCCGGGCGGGGGCCGCGGCGGGGGACAGCGACGAGGAGUCGCGGGCCGACGACAAGGGCGUCAUGGACUACUACCUGAAGUACUUCAGCGGCGCCCACGACGGCGACGUCUACCCGGCCUGGUCGCAGAAGGUGGAGAAGAAGAUCCGAGCCAAGGCCUUCCAGAAGUGCCCCAUCUGCGAGAAGGUCAUCCAGGGCGCCGGCAAGCUGCCGCGACACAUCCGCACCCACACGGGCGAGAAGCCCUACGAGUGCAACAUCUGCAAGGUCCGCUUCACCAGGCAGGACAAGCUGAAGGUGCACAUGCGGAAGCACACGGGCGAGAAGCCGUACCUGUGCCAGCAGUGCGGCGCCGCCUUUGCCCACAACUACGACCUGAAGAACCACAUGCGCGUGCACACGGGCCUGCGCCCCUACCAGUGCGACAGCUGCUGCAAGACCUUCGUCCGCUCCGACCACCUGCACAGACACCUCAAGAAAGACGGCUGCAACGGCGUCCCCUCGCGCCGCGGCCGCAAGCCCCGCGUCCGGGGCGGGGGGCCCGACCCCAGCCCGGGGGCCACCGCGACCCCCGGCGCCCCCGCCCAGCCCAGCUCCCCCGACGCCCGGCGCAACGGCCAGGAGAAGCACUUUAAGGACGAGGACGAGGACGAGGACGUGGCCAGCCCCGACGGCUUGGGCCGGUUGAAUGUAGCGGGCGCCGGUGGAGGAGGUGACAGCGGAGGUGGCCCCGGGGCCGCCACCGACGGUAACUUCACAGCCGGACUCGCCUAAAAACCAAAAAGAGAAAACAGAAACCCGAGAAAGAGAGAGACAGAGAGAGAGAAAAAAAAUCACCCACCACCCCCCCAAAAACACAAAAAAAGAAAAUCUAUCUAUAUACAGAUAUCUAUAUCUAUAUAUAUAUAUACAGAUAUAUAUAUAUGACGCGUCACAGAAUCUAGGGUAGCGCUUUCUCAGAUUUCCCUCCUUUCUGACGUUUUUCUCCCUCCGCAGGGGCCCCGGACCUCCCUGGCUCCCCUUCCCCCCAUCUCCCCAUCGCUGGGUUUCGGGGCUUGGUUUAGGGUUUUUUGUAGGACACAAGGAAUCCGAGACCCCGCACAGCCCCCUGGGCACCCGGCAUGGGGCCUGGGGCCCGAUCCGAGGCCCUGGGCUGGGGGGAGGGUAGACGUGAGGGGGCUGGGGGGGGACUGGGGUGGGCUUUUAAUUUCCUCCCCUCGCUGGUUUCUAUGAGUCUUUCAGACAAGACCUUAAAUGAUUUCUGUCUGCUCUGAGCGGACGUUAAAAUGGGCCCCCGUCCCCCGACCCGCACCCUCCUUCCUCAGGGCACUUACUAAGGGAGGGGUCUCCCUCUCCAUCUCCCCAAUGGCCUCCCCGCCUCCAGCCCUGCCUGCGGCCUCCACCCCUCACCCACCCCACAUCUCCUGGCCACUGAGACACAAACCUAUUUAUUUCUAGGCCUGGAGAAAGGAGAUCGGACUGGGGUUCCCGGUGGGGCACCAGGAUGGCUCCUGGGGGUGCUCCUGCCGCCUUCCUUCACGGCACUUACAACCGGCGGGACCCCCAGGGACCACCCCUCAGGGCGCCCCCCACCCCCGCCCGGUCCACCUAGACCCCCACGUUUGGAGAUUCAAAACUUCUGUCUUCGUCCUCUCCCCCGAGCCCCCUCUCCCAAAUUUUUAAAGCACUUUUUAGAUUUUUUUUUCUCUUUCCUCCUUAAAAACAAAAUUUAUAUAUAGAUAUAUAUAUAUAUAUAAAUAAUAUACUUUUCCUCAGAGGAGCAGGCAACAGUGUGGGACAGACAAGAGUCAUGAUCAGAGGAACCCCAGGGUCUGGUGAUGGCAGGGACGGGGGGAGAGAGAGAAAAUCCACAAAUUCCAGUGUCACAAAAGCAAUAAAACAAACUAGAAAAAAAAAGGUUUUACAAAACGAAAGGAAGGAAAAAAAAAAAAGGCAACCAACCACAUUAGAAGUCUUGGCACUUUGUAACGGAACGGGUACUACACUUUAUUUUAAUUCUUAAUUUAAAAACAUGUUUACAAGUUACAACCAACUUCUAUGAAAAGUUGAAAAGACAAAAAAAAAAAAAGCGAGCGAGAGAGAGAGCGAGAGAGAGAGCGAGAGCAGAAGAAAUUCCUAAAAGUCGAUUUAUUUUUGUACAAAAUAAUAAAAAAAAAAACCCACCACAAACGUAGAAUCCACUUCUGUUCCCCAAAAAGCGAGAAGGGGGGUUCAGGAGGAAGCCAUCGCAGGGGACCUGGGAGACGCCCCGAGGUGUUUGUGCUUCACACCCGGACGUCAGCCUUGAAGGCAGGACUGUGGGGUGUUCGUGCUGUGUUCCCCCCACCCCCCCCUUUCUGUCCCCUUUUUUGGUUCUGACGUGAAGAGGUCUUAGUGCCCGCUUCUGUCCACGGGGUCUCUCCUUCCUCCUCCCUAGCUCAGGGAUGGGCCUUCCAGCCGGAGCACCCCGAUCCCCAUCCGGCACCCCCCAAUCCCCCAACAUGCCUAUCCUCCCACAUGGCCACCAAGGAGCUGGACCUUGGAUGCGCCUGCCCUGUUGAGGUGGGUGACAGGGGCCCCCCACCUCCAGGGCCUUAGAACCACCGCCCCCCUCCCCACCCCAGGCACCCUUCUUUUUACUCAAAGGCACUGACUGUAAUCCAGGGGGACUGGGACCUGCCUCCCCCCAACCUCUGGCUCCCACAAGGCCCGGUGUUGACCGAGCCACAGGCCACGGACAGGGGCCGGGGUUGGGGAGACUAUGUCGCCAGAUGCCAGGACACCCUCACCCCUUUUGCAUAUGCAAUGCCUAGCAUGGGACCCCGAAAAUAGACGCUCUGCUGCACUGAGACUUCUUGUCUAUGCCCAACCGGGGGAGGUGUCUCCCUGCCCCCGACCCCCCCAUACCCCGUUUUCUGUGACACACACAUCUUCUCGUCUCUUUUUCUUUCAUUGUUAAAGGGAAGCUUUUUAAGAAGGCAAUUUUCAUAUUGUUUCUACAGGAUGGUUUUGGUUCCCUUCCCUUCCCACCCCCCCUUAAGCCUGUCAGCCCCCUCCAAAUGUCUCAGGAUCCCCCCUCUCCCCUGGGGCUGGGUGACAGCACCCCGGCUGCGUUCACACCCCAGUGUCACAGGGCGAGCUGUUCUGGAGAGAAAACCAUCUGUCGUGGCUGAGCAGGGAGCUUGAACACCCAGGCCAGGGACACCCCUCCCCAGCUCCCAGAGAGGCCCCCUGAGGGGUGAGCCCUCUUUCCACCUUCCCCUAUCCAUGCACCCCCUCGCAAUAAAACCAACUCUAAAAUCA